UUUUUUAAAUAGUCAAGAUUCUUUUAAUAUUUAGAUUUUAUAUGUCAAAUGAUAACAUCACAUACAUAUGAAUUUUAGCGCGCAGAGCGCACCAUAUACGCUAGUAGUAAAUAAAAAAACGCAGUAGGUGAUCACUUGUCGCACCAUUUCUUCCACGGAGUAAUACUGAUCCUAACCUAGAGUCAUUCAAGUCCCAAGAACUUACUGAUCUCUAACGCUUUAGUCAAUCCUCCGUGAAUUUAUUUACAAGAGGACAUCAUAAAUUGGAAUAUUACCAAGCGAAUAGAAAAAAAAAACAGAAAAUCCAGAAGGAAGAUCUCAUCAGUCCCUGCUCCGUUUUUGAUAUAUUCAAAAUAAGUUUUAACCCAUAUUAUUCUCAGAUAAUUAGAUAAUAUAGUUAUUAUUAUUAUGAGAUUUAUUAGACACUUGAUUUGAGUAAAAAGCUCUGAGGGGUAGUUAAUGCUUCAAAUAAAUGAAAACCGAAAAUGUUGUAACCUACCACAGGACGAGCGAAUAAUAGCUCCAACUACUAUAUAUAGUAAAAGGAAUUAAUGAAGGAAUGGAAGAUUAGGAUGAACCAUCGACUAUGGUUGCCCUUGCCAAAAGCAUCGCUUUCAUAAUAUUUCCAAUCCUCGUUUUUUUAUGCUCACAAUUUUUGGAGAUUUCCUACUAUCUGAAUGAUUACGUUGACUCAGUUCUCAACAAAAUACAUCAAGAGAAAGUUUAUAACUUUAUAAUAGUUGGAGCGGGAACUGCAGGAUCCAUAAUCGCAGCUAAAUUGAUAGAUGCAGGAGAAAAAGUUUUGUUAGUGGAGGCUGGAGGUCCACCUCCCCCAUUUGUUAACAUUCCCGUCUUAUCGCCGAUGUUGCAACAAACACCUUAUGAUUGGCACCUCAGAACUAUUCCCCAAGUCCAUGCCUGUAAAGGAUUAAUAGAUAAUGUAAAGGGAUUAUCUUUGAAUUUUGAAAUUCGUCAAUUCGUCAUUUCGUCAUUCAUCAAGAAGUUAAUUACCGGGUUGAUAAUAUCUGAAAGAACUAUUGUGGCGAUGGAAAAUGGAGCUCGAUGGAGUACUGACAAACUAUUAACCCCAGAACGUCUCAGUAAGGGACUCGAUGUCAUUACACAUGCACAAGUUGAAAAGAUUAAUUUUGACUCAAAUAAUAAGGCACACAGUAUUCUAUUAAAAAAACACGAUAGGAAAUAUGUUAUUAGAGCUACCGAUGGAAUUGUUGUCAGUGCUGGCGCUAUUGGAACACCAAAACUGCUGAUGUUGUCUGGUAUUGGACCUAAAAUUCAUCUUAAAGGACUAAGUAUAGAUGUCAUCAAUGACUUGCCAGUGGGGAAAAAUUUAAUUGAUCAUGUACUAACCGGCAUUGAUUUAGUCAUUCUCAACACGAGUUUAUCAGUCAGUGUUACUCAAAUGCUAAAACCAUCAUCAGCUUUGAAUUACUUUCUUUUUGGAGAAGGUCCAUGGACAUUUCCCGGAUUAGAAGUUGUAGGGACUCUUUACGCAGAUUCAAUGAAGAAUUUAACUAAAUAUCCAGAUAUUCAACUAAUGGUGAUGCCAGUGGGAAUAUCUCAUGAUAAUGGUGCAACAUUAAGGAAAUAUUUGGGAAUUUCUGAUACGAUUUUCUCACAAUAUUUUGCUGCCCUCACGCAAAAAACUGCAGUGACUUUGGCUCCAGUUCUGCUUCAUCCGAAAAGCACUGGAGAGGUAAAACUCAAGAGCCGAAAUCCCGAUGAUCAUCCUCUAAUAGAUCCUAAUUAUUUAUCACAAGAAGAAGACGUAAACACAUUAAUAGAUGGACUAAAGUUCGUUGAAGAAUUAGUAAAUACGCGAUCAAUGAAGACACUAGGUGCUGAAAUGAAUAGACAACCAUUCCCAGGCUGUGAAAUUUAUAGAUUUGGUUCACAUAAAUAUUGGGAAUGUUAUAUUCGUCAUCUAACGCUGACAUCAUAUCAUCCGGCUGGUACUUGCAGCAUUGGCAAAGUUGUUGACAAAAAUUUCAGAGUAUACAAUACCCAGAAUUUAUACAUCGCAGAUACAUCCGUGAUCCCAAGGCUACCGAGUGGUAACAUCAAUGCAGUUGUUAUGAAAUUAGCUUAUAAGGCGGCAAAAAUUAUAAUCGAGUCAAAACAGAAAAAAUCUGUGCUACGGGAUCAGUGCCAUCUUGAUGAUUUCAUACAGUUUAUUUUUUUCUCUCGAAACCGGUGAAAUCUCUCAAACCACAAAUACAAAAAUUUGUGAUUAUUCAAUUCUCUCCAUAUGUGAUAUAACUCGAUUAAACUACUUAACUUCAUUGAUGCCGCUUUCCUCACUUCGUAAAUGUAAAAUUUCAUUACUUUCCGAAAUAUCAAGAAAUUACCUUUUCCUGCAAAUUCAUUACGUAUAUAUAAUGUCAUUAUUAUGCACAUUCUUGCACUUUCCGUUUUUCGACUUUUAUAUUAACAAUGAGAAAUUAAUAGUAAUGAAGAGAUGCAAAAAAGAUAUUUUGGGGUAGAAGAUAAAUGGAAGACUGGUUCCUCUCAUCUGUCCCCGCUUAAGCUGCUUCCGCAGUUACUUAUACUUGUAAAUAAUUUCCCAAUAUGGUAGAGGCACCAUAAUUGAACCAUGUCUUAUUGGGUACGAUGAAAAAAUAUUACCAAAAAUUCAAGAACUUUUACCAUGUAAUUUUUUUGAAUAUACCACGUCAAACUUUAAAAAAACAUUAAAUUUUAAUAUUUAGCGAUGCAUAUUCCAACACGGCAUGGUCAAAGCCCUCGAAAAUUUCAGGAUAAUUUCCGCGUGUAUCUAAUACCAGACAAUUCAAAUUUGAUAUUUUUACCAUAGUCCGAAAUUUUUCUAAAGUACAGGUAACUGCGGAAAUACCUUAAUCUGUUCCUUUUACUACAAAAAUUUUGUCUGUAUAUCUUUCAGAAAAAUCGGUCUUCUAAAGCGGAAUUGCAAUUGAGAAAUUCUCAAGAAUAGGAUUAAUCACGUAUUUUGAAAGAAAUUAGUAAAGGACAGCUUUGUACAUCAUUUUUUACAUAUAUUUGAUUCAUUAUAGAAUUUCGCCGACGAUUCGCCGAAUUAUGUGCAUGAAGUUAUUCUAUUUCAUUUUGAAAAUCUAAUUAAAUCAAUAAUUACCUCUAUUGCAACCAGAA